ACACAACACAGUGCCGUGCAGGAUGCCCGAGUGGAUAACCCGUUAAACCCCCCGAUGCCGCUCGCCGCCGCCGUCGCCGCCUCGGCGGUCGUGCCGCCGCGGCCGCCUCCUCCGCCGCCGCGGAGAGCGCGGCCCUUGCGCUCCUUUACUGGACUAAUACUAACGAGGGACCUAGCAGCCCUAACGGUGGCCCGCUGCGCUCCCUCCCCUCCUGCCCCCGCGGCGGAGGCGGAGGCGGAGGCGGUGGCGGUGGAUGAGGCGCCGCCAGCGAAGCCGCGGCCGCGGCGGUACCCGAGGCAGUACCCCGGCGAGGCGGUGGGCGUCGCCGAGGAGAUGCGGUUCGUCGCCAUGCGCCUCCGGAACCCCAAGCGGACCACCCUCAAGAUGGACGAUACGGGGGCCGAGGAGGAGGUGGGCGAUGGCGUCAGUGAGGAUGCGUCGGCGUCAGAGGAGGAGGAGGAGGAGGAGGACGACGACGACGUGGUUGAGGAGGAGGAGGAGGGAGCGGGGUUGGAGGGGGAGUGGAUGCCGAGCAUGGAGGGGUUCGUCAAGUACCUGGUGGACAGCAAGCUCGUCUUCGACACCGUCGAGCGGAUCGUAGCCGAGUCCACCGACGUCGCCUAUGUUUACUUCAGGAAAAGUGGUCUGGAACGCUCAGCUAGAAUUACAAAAGAUUUGGAGUGGUUUGGAGGGCAAGGAAUUGCAGUACCAGAGCCAAGUACUGCUGGAUCAACAUAUGCAACUUAUCUGACUGAACUUGCUGAGAGCAAUGCCCCAGCCUUCCUUUCCCACUAUUACAAUAUUUAUUUUGCACAUACAACUGGAGGGGUGGCUAUAGGUAACAAGAUAUCCAAGAAAAUUUUGGAAGGAAGGGAGCUAGAGUUUUACAAAUGGGAUUCUGAUGUAGAACUUUUGCUAAAAGAUACCAGGGAGAAGCUUAACGAACUUAGCAAGUCUAUCUGUCAUGCUGUCCAGCAUUGGUCUCGGAAGGACAGGAACUUGUGCUUGAAAGAAGCUGCAAAAUGUUUCCAGCAUUUGGGGCGGAUUGUUCGCUUAAUCAUCUUAUAGUUCCUCAUAGAUGAGCAACUGAUCAAAUCAACCUAUAAUCUAUUCCUGAAGACAGGAAAGCUAGAGAUAUAUUAAACUUGAGGCUUAGUGCAGUCAUUUUUGUCGAAGACUACACGUCUUAACUAUGUUGAAGUCUGGUACAGAAGGAUCUUCUGGUGUGAGACUGAAGCUGAUCAGCGAGCACUAUCCUGGAGAUUGAAAACACCAGGCCACAACAAUAGCCUCUUUUCUGGCUUGCAUGGUGGAGCUGCUCGUUGGAGUGAGCUCUUGCUUUCAGCAACUUCGAACUGUGCAAAGUUGAAGAUGCUUGCUGCUGUCGAUCAGGAUCUCACGCGUUCAAUCGCAAUGAUGCCAGCCUGACACAAUUCACUUAGCAGCAGAACACCAUGCUAGCCAGCCAGGAUCCCCCCAUGCCUGCCAAAGCUUCGUCUCCUCUUGUACCUCACCACAUUAUCCAUUUAUCCUUGCAAUGAAUUCGCUUUGCUUGUACCAAUCCUAGCUACUACUACUACUACCAUCUUACAUUAUCCUUGCAAUCAAUAUUUUGCUUUUGCCUGUACCAACCCCUGGUGGAGUUUCUGCUGGACUGGAAAUUGAUGUACAAGUACUGUGUGUAUAUGCGUUUAAAUGUACGACGCAUAUAUCAAUACAUCAUCAUCACGGGGGUGAAUGGUAUUGAUAUAUACCCGUGUUGUGGUUGUUGGAACUCAAGUCACGAGUGAGUGAGCCAGGUAUAUCCAUCUAAUGUUAUCUGUGUA